AUGAUGCAAGCCACCGCAGAAGCCAAAGCACGUCGUGCUGAGCAAACUAAGACCCGUCGCUCCGGCGAGCUCCUUCAGCUAGAGCCAGGUGAUGUUGUGGAGUUCUGGCGCAAGGCCAGCACGAAAGACAUCGAGGCUUGGCAUGGGCCGGCCGUAGUAGCUGACGUCACCAGUUUGCGUGACGGGCAAAUUUCUGUAAGAUGGCAAGGAACUGUUUCUUUUCGGUUUGGCAGUAAUGUCAGUAGUCUUCCAGGCGUAAACUGUGACGAAAGCAUGCUGUUGUUUUGGAGCCCGGGCCAACUCGAGGCCGGACACUUUGCCUUUAUGGCAGGAAAUCAGCAUGUGAACUUUGCUAGACUGUGCGGCAAGUCCGAUCUUGCAUUUGUCCAGUUUUUCGCGGAAGAUCAGGAAGCUAUCCAUCAGCUUCGGCAAGUUGUUGUCGACAUACCCAAUGUCGGCGGCAUGCACGAUCCUACAAUGCCAGCGCUUCAGGACGUUACAGCGCAGGUGCAGCGUAGGACCAGGCAACGCCUCAUGUUGGAGGAUCCUCAGCCUGAGGUUCGCCUUCCUGAAGUGUAUGACAUUGCCACUCCUGACGACGCCACAGCGCGUACAGCUGAAACAGCUAGUGAAACCGAGCCUGAGCAAGAACCUCUGUUCUCCACGUACGUUUUUCUGCAACCAGAAGUCAUCCUUGACCCCGCGUGGGAAAGCAGCUUUGUAGUAGACAAGCACGAACUGCAGGAAGAGCCCCCGCAGUUGCUCUUUCCUUUCACUCAGUCACACCUGCUGCUAGGUGCCGAAGAACUCAUCCGCACUAUUCCGGGGUUCGAAGACUACGAUGGCCAACAAGAACGCUUGGAGCCCAUACCUGAGGCUGAACUCAAACUGCUUCCUGCAGAGCAAUCUGCCAGCCAAGGGCAGACGCAGCAGUUCAUGAGCCUUGUGGGUGGUUUGGCAUGGGUCGUACAGACCAGGCCAGACGUAGCAGUCUUCGUUGCUGCACUACAACGACGCCUCAAAGCACCAGUAGUGAAGGAUCUAAUCAAUGCAAAUCGGGUCCUGAAGUACUUGAAAGCUAAGCCUUUGGAGUUGGUUUACCGUAAGGUCAGGUCUCCUUGGAAGCUAGUGGUGGUUUCUGAUUCUGCCUUCAAAGGUGAAGAGCAGGACUGUCUUGCAAUGCGCAGUUGCAUAAUCGCUCUAGCCGCCCGUGAGGGAUUGGCCAAAGGUGAGAAUCAGCUUCAAAUUCUAGAGUUUGUGAGCAAGAAGCAAAGCAAGGUGUGCAGGUCCACCUUUGCUGCAGAACUGCACAGCUGUCUUGACGCAAUAGGCGCUGCCUGCGUCAUUAAUGCGGCACUCACUGAAGUACUGAACGGUGUGUCUUCUGCCACGGAACUCGCAGCUAAGCAAGAUGCAGGUUCGCAAAGUCUUGCUUUAGACGUUGCAAUAGACGCGAAGUCUGUUUGGGCAGCGGUCGGAAACGACACGACAACGUGCACCGACCAACUUGUGAACUUCAAGGGCGAAGAUGGGAAGACCAAGAAGAAGCGCCGCGAUAAGAAAGCCUUUGAGCCGGACGUGGAGGACCUCGAGAAGGAAGGAGGGGCGAGUGCUGGCCAAGAUAUGGAUGACAAGGACGUUCCCGUCAUGCCGGGAUCGGGGCGUCUGGUGACCAACACCACGACCGUUCACGGAUUCGACUCGAAAUUCAAAGACGAGUUAGAGGUGGGUGACACCAUCAUGGUCCACCACCCUACGUCUCUGGAGGUCGAACUGCGCAUGGUGGUCAGCGUGCUCUCACAGCGCAGCUGCGUGAUCCACCAGUCUUUCUCCAAGGAUUGCAACUCCACUGUUGAGUAUCACAUCCGCAAGGACUCAUUGAAGAUCAAAGAGAAGGCCAAGUCAGAGAUCCAGGAGGACAAUCCGGAGCUUCUCCAGGAUGCUGCGUCGAGGGAACUUCAGAGGCAGUUGGACAAGCGACUCAAGAAGCAAUCCAAGACCGUCAGUGUCCGGGAGAAGACGGGCAUGUGGGGCUACAAGGUCGUCACGAAGAAGCUCGACAAGACCUCCUCCGCGGAAGAUGCGCUCGACGAGCGCUGCAAGCAAGGACUCUCUUUGCUGCGCCAUGCCGAGCGAUACGAGACUGACAGUGUGAUGGCCGAGCCACAGGAGCCUGGGCACUCAGAGAUCAACAGGGAGGUGCAGCGUCUUCGCGCUGCUGUGCGCGGUGGCCGGGAUUUCGAGCGGGUCAGGGUCGACAUGGUCGAAGUGAUCAAGCGCGCUUUUCCAGAUGACGCCGGGCUUGUGUAUCAACUUCAGAGCGCUGCAGAGUCGAUCGAGGGAAGGGAGCGAACGGACGAGGAAGCUCCUUUUGGUACUUUCUCUGAGCCGGUCAGAGGAGGCGCCUCCUUUGGGCGGCUGGAGCGGCAUUGCACACCGGCGAACAUCUUCGACGAGUCUCCUCACGGCGAUUCCGUUUCGGACGUCGACUCCCUCGUGUGUGACACGAAGUCCCGCGAAAGCAGCUUCAUCAGCGUGGCUCGGGGAGGCAGUUUCUUUCUGGACCGCAGCCUCUCCGAGCGUGAUGCCAAGGGCUGCGAGGAAGAGAAGGAGGAACCAACCCUCGCAGCAUUGCGUGGCGGCUGGGAAACCAAGGCAGAGGAAGAGGAAAUCUUCGAAAGGCAGGGCUCCUCUGUGUCCUUUCAGCUCUUCCCAAGCAAGGCGGACGAAGACGCAAGCCGUGCUCUGCUGUCGUCGCGGAAGCAGAUCUACAAGCGCUUGCCUCAUCGCUCGUCCUUCCCUUCGCCUGGUUCGCGACGGGCAGGGAAGGACGACCCUCGUCAGCUGUUGAUGCGCUACUUUGGCAAGAUAGUUCGCAGAAAGCUGAAGCAGAGCGCGGCUUCGAGAGCUUCGCGCUCCGUCAACUCCUCCUCCAUGAUGUCUUCCGAGGUGAGCCAGGUGAGCACGGUGCUCGCAUCGUCGGACUCAGGUCGCUCCGUGAGCCCGCGGAUGUGGAGCUUGAACCUCGAGCCCCGUGCGGCUUUCCGGCCACCACUCUCCUGGCGGCCACGUCGCGCGCCGGUGCAUGGCAAGGCCCAGGAGGAGAAGAGCUCCGACAACACGACUGCCGUCCCCAAGGCGGCCGGCAACGGCAAAGCGCGCUGCUCUGCCAAAGGCCACUCGGAUGUCGGACGAGUUCCUGGCAAGGUGUCGCAAACAUCGUCCAAAGUGGCGGUGGAGAGGGGUUCCAAAGCACCGAAUCCCCGCAAAUUUACCAACCACGAGGACCCUCGCUGGGAGAAGGUGAAGUGCGCUGCGCAGGCCAAGCCUCGCAGCAAGAUGCAUAGCCUCGAGGCCAUCAUGGUGGAGCGAAGUGGCCGGAAACAGAUGAUCAGGAGCGAACGGCUUCACAAGGCUCCGGAGGCCGAUCGGCGCUGCGAGGAAAUCCAGAGAGUAGAAGCCUGGACACCGGAGCCCAUUCGGCUGGUCUCCUCCUCUGGUGAAAGAGAUUGGACAACAGGCAUGGCACGUCUAGCGCAUACGCCAGACGUUCGGCAUCCAGAUCAUUUGGCGGAAAUCUGGGAGGAGGUGGCUCGAAGGCCUGCCUCGGUCGCCGAAGUCCGCAGCCGCUUGGAGGCUCCUCGUCCAGCCUCGCAGCAGGCAGCCAUCCGCGUCGAGCGAGUGAAGGCUUCGAAGCCUCCAACGUCGGCGGAUUGGCCGAACGAGUCGGUCGACGUCGGAGCCAUCUGGGAGGUGGUGAACUGA